AUGGCGAUUCCGACUCGGUUUGCAACGCCUUCUAUGGCGGCCCCGCCAUCCAGUGCCGAAAAGGAUAGAACCGUUCAGCAGACAGAUAUGGAUGCACUGGUGUCGCGGUGUAGUGCAGUUCAGACUGGCUACUUGACGGACCCAACAAAAGCUAUCGACCAAAUUGUUGAAAGCUUUCUAUCACGGCCCUUCCAAGGCAAAAAACAGAUCAUAUCCCUCGGGGCAGGCUCGGAUACAAGAUUUUUCCGGUUAGCUACAAACAAGUCUCUCCAACUACUCUACCACGAGUUCGACUUCCCCCAGGUCACUAGUCGUAAGAUUACGGCAAUUCAGAGACACAAGGAGCUUGCAACAAUCAUAUCAGAAUUCGGCCAGGUUAACCCUCCUGAAGAUGGCAGUGGUGUACCGGGGUUCCGAGUGGACGCUAGAGCUGGAUCCCUCAGUUCCCUUUGUUACUAUAUCCACCCAAUCGACCUCAGGACCCUGAAGCCAGGAGUACCUCUUCCGGCUGGAAUCGAUGCCACACUGCCUACUCUAUUCAUCUCGGAGUGCUGCCUAAUAUACUUGUCCCCUAACGAAGCGGACGAUAUCUUUCGAUGGAUCACAAGCUCGUUCGGACAAGCAUCGGAAUCAAACUCCAACGGAGUGGGGAUUGUUUUAUACGAACCGAUUGGGGGUGAUGAUUCCUUCGGCAAAGUUAUGAUCAGAAAUCUUUCACAAAGAGGCAUUGUCCUAAGAACACUACAACGAUAUUCGACACUAGAGAGACAAAAGGAACGAAUGAGGGUUCUAGGGUUCAACACUGGUAUGGGAGCUUGCGAUGUUAAUUUUAUCCACAAUGAAUGGAUAGAUUCGAAGGAGAAAGAACGUAUUGAUGGCCUGGAGCUUCUCGACGAGCGCGAAGAGUGGGUUUUGUUGGCGAAGCAUUACUGCAUUGCUUGGGGAUGGAUAGAACAGCAUGCCGCAUCUGGUUCUGCCGCUGACUUGUCAUUUCAAAGCUGGUCUCAGUUUCCCAUCCAGCGAUCCUAA